AAUUGAUAUAAAUAUAUGCCUCUACCUUGAUACAUAUAUUUAAAAAGAUGUUUAUACGAGCAUUUGAAAAUAAAAGAACUUACUAUAAAGUCUAUAAAAAAUAUUAACGAGAAGUGGCUUUCAUAAAUAUCAGCUAAUAAUAUAACAUAUUUAUUAUACACUAAUGAGAAAACUAAUAAAAAAUGGAGAAGAGUAAAAAGCCAACUGAACAAACUUCAAAGGGAAAUAAUAGUGAUGAAAAGUAUUGCUUGGUUAAACGUCUUCUUUUCCAAUGUGUUUUAAUUAUUUUAUGUUUGGCCAGUUAUUCACACGCACUCAAUGGAAGUUUCGUUUUCGACGAUACCGUAGCUAUCGUAAAAAACGUUGAUGUGACGUCUUAUCCAACAAAUUGGACAGCAAUAUUUAAACAUGAUUUUUGGGGCACGUCAUUACUCAGCCCAGAAUCGCACAAGUCAUACCGCCCAUUAACAACAUUGAUAUUUCAUUUGGAGUAUACUAUCUUUGGAUUUCGUGCCAAACAUAUGAAAGCUAUUAAUGUAUUAUUACAUUGUAUAAAUACUCUUCUCGUGUGGCAACUUCUUCGCAAGCUCCGGUUUGAAACAAUAGUUUCUAACCAAGUAGCCGCAGUAGCAGCAACAUUUUUCGCAAUACAUCCGAUUCACACAGAAGCAGUUUGUGGAGUAGUUGGUCGAGCUGAAUUGAUAUUCUGCACAUUAUAUUUAGUAGCUCUCUUGCUUACUUAUCACAGAACAUGUUUAGGUGCUGGUACUGAUGUAUUGAUUAUCUUACUGACUGCAGUAGGGAUAUUCUUUAAGGAGACAGCUAUAACUAUUCCAGUUGCAUGCAUUUUUCUUGAAUUCGCGAGAACACAGGUUUUUGUUUACCCUUGGAGAACACAAUUGAAAUUCAUAUGUUCAUUUCGUAAUGCUACAUAUGCAGUUGCUACUAUUGUAAUAAUAAUAUUUCGUUUGUGGCUACAAAAUUUUCAGAUCCCUCGUUUCAAACCAAUGGAUAAUCCUAUAGCACUUAGUGAUGAUCUCUUAACUCGCAUACUUUCCCAGAAUUAUUUAUAUGCCAUUAACUGGUGGAUUCUUUUAUGUCCACAAUGGCUAAGUUUUGACUGGGCUUUAGGAUGUAUUAGAUUAAUUACAGACAUCUGGGAUUUGCGCUUGCAGGCAGUUUUGGCUAUGUAUUCCCUUGCAAUAGUUGCCAUUAUUAAUUGCAGACAAAAUUUCGCACCCUUAUUUGGACUGGGCAUAAUGGUGAUACCUUUUCUGCCGGCUUCAGGAGUUAUUAAAGUUGGGUUUGUUAUAGCUGAACGUGUGCUUUAUGUACCAUCUAUUGGCUUUUGUUUCUUAGUGGCACAAGGUUUAAGCUUUGUAUAUAACAGCAAUCCAAAACUAUGGUUGUUACAGUUAUAUAAGUGGGCACUGAUGUUAUGUUUCAUUUGUCUACUGUUACGAACACGAGAACGAGCUAAGCAGUGGUUAUCAGAAGAUAGUCUUUUUGCUUCUGCAUUAAAAGUCUGUCCCAAUAACGCUAAGGUUCAUUAUAAUAUAGCACGUUUGGCAACGGAUAGAUUUGAUCGUGACAAAGCGCUCACACAUUAUCAUAAGGCAAUCAGUCUCUACCCACAAUAUGAAUCAGCACUUAUGAAUUUGGGAAACCUAUAUCGUGAGAUGGGUGAGCUAGAUGAUGCCGAAAAAUACAUUAAAGAAGCAUUAGCAGUAGUACCUGAUUUUGCUACUGCUUGGAUGAAUUUAGGAAUUGUUCAGGCAGCACAUAAAGAUUAUAAAAGUGCAUUACUUAGUUACAAAAAUGCAUUAAAAUAUCGGAAAAACUAUGCUGUAUGUCACUACAACUUGGGCAAUCUUUAUCUUGAUCAGAAAAUGCAUAGUGAGGCGAUGCAGCAUUGGCAAGAAGCAAUUGCUUUGAAUCCGCGUCAACCCAAAGCUUGGGCUAACAUACUCACAAUGCUGGACAACCGAGGGCUGUACGAAGAUGCUAUACGAGUUUCGGCACAGGCGUUAACCCAUCUUCCGAAUGAAACAAGUAUUAUGUUCAUACGAGCUAACGUUUUCGGAAAAUUAAAGCACUACGUGGAAGCUGAAGAGCUGUACAAGCAUAUAAUAGAGGUGGAACCAUUAAAUGUAUUGUUUCAUACGAACUUAGGCGUUCUGUAUCAUCGUUGGGAGAAACUAAAUGAAGCCAUAGAGAGUUAUCAAAAUGCAUUAAAAUUAAAUACAGAAAAAGCAAUAACUGCUCGAGAAAAUCUUAGCAAGCUAUUAAAGAGAAAACGAAAAGAAAAAUUAAGCAAAAUCGUGUUGUAAACGUUAUUGUCGUUUCUUCAAUUAUUUGAAAUUUAAAUUGAAAUUCUUAUGGAGAUUAAAAAGUGUAGUCUAAUUUCAUUACUUAAGUAAAACAUUUAUAAUUCAAGCAUUAAUAUACAACAGUUUGUUAGCUACAGACUCCAAUGUCCUUACUAUAUAUAGAAUAUUAAGAACAUGCAAUUCCGAAUUCCAAAUUAAUGCUUAUUUUUAGAAUCGGAAUGAUGCAGAGAACAGUUCUCAACAGAACAAGUUUUUAUUACACUAUUCAGUAUGUAUGCAUGUGCUAAAAAAUACUUAAUAAUUAUGGUGAGUAAUUUAAAAACGCGUAUGUAUGUAAGCAUGUUAGCGCCAAAAAGGUAUUUACACAUUCCUUUGUUACUCAAAAAUAUCAUAAGUCGUCUAUGUGCAUUCGGUAAUAUAAUUAAACAGUUAGUUACAUCUAUUGUAUUUAAGUUGGUAAAAAUUCAAAAUAUCAAUUUAGGGGCUUAUUAGACUGAAUUAAAUACUUAUUUAAGUAAGCAUCUCAGAUGUAUAUAAACUGUUUAAAAUGGAAAGCACUGGUACAAUUGACGUACCAGCAUUAAGCUUUCUUCAAAUAUUUGUAUACACAAAUCUGCUCAUUCGAAUAUAAAUCGUUCCGUUCCGGUUAUGUAGAUUUAAUUUUUUGUAUACCAAACUAAAGUAAAAUUAAUAUAAAAAAAAAGUAUUUUAGAAACGCAUUGGUACGAUGUAAGUAUGAUGUAAUUAGAUUUAUUAUUUAUUUAUUUAUCACUUAUAUAUAAGUAUAUAUGUAUGUACAUUAAUAAAUGAUUCAGUACUUUUAAUCAAAUAAA